AUGACUUCUUUCCAAACAUAUCAAGUUAUUCCACUACCGAAAGAUAAUAACUAUGAUUUCAUUUUUGAAACUGGUGGUAACACAAUGAAUGGUGAAGCUAAAAAAUUACCACGAGCGAAAGCAAAUCAACCAAUCUGGGGUCUUACUAAUUUUCCGUUCCCUCCCAAUUUAACUUUAGAUGAUCUAAUAAAACCUAGAAAUGCUAGGUGUGGUAAAAUGAAAGUACCUAACAAAUUCUUCGUAUACAGAAAAUGGUACUCCCUGUGUUUGGCCGAUAGUGGACGGAAAAAUGUUCAAGCGUCAAUUUCUCCUCUUAUCUCUGAAAAUUGGCAUAAUGAACCUGAAUUCGUAAAGAGUUAUUAUGGUGAAUUAUCUAAACGUGCAGACAAAUUGUUCAAAAAAAGAUAUGGAAAAAAUGGAAUUGAAAGAACACCAGGUAAAUAUAAAUAA